CCCGCCCCGGCCAUGGCGGCGCGGCUGUGGCGGCUCUGCAAUCUCCUCAUGGCCGCCUUCUUCGGGCUGGCGGCCGCCGUGCAGGUGAACGACCCCGACGCGGGGCUGUGGACGGUUGUCUACUUAGUGCCAGCUGCCCUGACACUGCUUGUCAGCAUCAACCCGUCAAUAACAGACAAUGGUGUUUGGAGGAGCCUCUGUGACCUUCAUUCUGCUGGCUGUGUGGUUGGGACCAUUGCCUUGGCUUGCUCUUUGUUUGCUUAUGCUCAAGGAAACAUUUUUCAUGAAGAGGAAGGCAGAGAAUUGUUUGGUCUGGUGAUUAUUACAAUAUGGAUGAGUCUUUGUCGCAGUUCGGCAAAGAGUCCCCUGGGAGGAGCUCGUUUGGUUGCUGCAGUUGUUGUUGCCCUCUUGCCCUUUGUUUCGUGGCUGUACAUUUAUGUGAACAAAGACGUGCGAGAGUCUUGGCCAACACACUGCAAAACCGUGAUUUAACUGGGGGGAGAAAGUCUGCAGUAACUAUCACAGUGACUGUGCUGACCUUAUUUGCCUUUGUUUUUGGUGCUUAACAAAAGGUGUGCCAGUUUGAUAGGGCCCAAGAACACCUGGCUGCUUCCAGCAGUGCCAGUUGAGAUUUGAAGAACACUGUCACAACUGAGUGGGGAAUUUUUCUAUGGAAACUGUUCACCUUGCUGCUUCUUAGAUUUUCCGAGCACCAUUGAUCUAAUGUCUGUUCUGAUGGUAUAUUCAAGAUAGCACUGCGUCCCUGGAUCACUCUCCAAUCACCUUGUGGCUUGGGAAAUCUACUAUUCUGUAACAUAAGGGACAAAUAAAGCACAUGCUGUCUUAAUAAAUGACUAUUUACAGCCAUAGAACUUUCCAAAAUGUGCCUGGAUAAUCCAUUUCAGACCUUUUGGAAAACUGAGCAGUCUGUAUUUCUGUCCUGUGCAAAAAUCAUAUGGAGAAUAUAUCUCAAAAAAUAUUUUUGCUACUAUCUUUAACUGAAAGCCACUGGUUUUACUGAGUAAUAAACACUAUUUUUUAUAAGAAAA